UUCAGGAAGACUCUGCUGUAAACUCCUGAUCAUCAUGAUGAAGCUAUUCCUCUCUCUGACUCUCAUCUGGGCAUUCUUCAGCACAGCUGGAGCAGUCCGUUGUCAUGUAUGCACUGAUGUCAAUGAUCUGGACUGUGCAUUUGGACAGACAAUUGAAUGUGGACAAGGCGAAAUCUGUUUCAAUGCAUUCAUCAGAGAAACAAAUGGAACACAGAGAAUCUACAGGGACUGUGCAACUCCCACUGUUUGCCCAACCACAGGCCCACAGACGAUUGCUGCCAACGUAGAUGGGUUAUACACAGUUGCACUUGCUGAUUGCUGUGACGUGGAUGAUUGCAACUUGAAUACUCUUACUUUCCCUGAUGCUCCAGAAAAUAAUGGAAUACAGUGUGGCUCAGUGAACUGUAAAGGAGAGGAGGACACCUGCUUUCAGUCGGAAAUAUUGAAGGAUCGUGAAAGGAUCACUGUUGCUGGCUGUGGAACCUCAAAUGUGUGUGACAUUGCUAAUGACAUCAGAAUUGUGCCGUUCCUGGAAGAAGUGGGGACAGUUCUGUUCACACCAUCCUGUUUCCUUUUUACCACAACAACUACACCUGCCCCAACCACAACCACAACAACAACCACAACCACUCCUGAGCCGACUACAACCACUCCUGAGCCGACUACAACCACUCCUGAGCCGACUACAACCACUCCUGAGCCGACUACAACCACUCCUGAGCCAACUACAACCACUCCUGAGCCGACUACAACCACUCCUGAGCCUACAACAACCACGUCUGAGCCGACUACAACCACUCCUGAGCCGACUACAACCACUCCUGAGCCGACUACAACCACUCCUGAGCCAACUACAACCACUCCUGAGCCUACAACAACCACGUCUGAGCCGACUACAACCACUCCUGAGCCGACUACAACCACUCCUGAGCCGACUACAACCACUCCUGAGCCGACAACAACCACGUCUGAGCCAGCUACAACUGCAAUUCCUCAUGCACCUCCGACUGUUGAUGCUGAAUCAACAACCGCUCAACCCGUGUCACGUGAAGUGUUAGCUCAAAUAAAAGCUUUGCUGCAAGAGACACGGCUACUGUCACUCCAGCUAAAAAAUCAGCUGGUCCAGCAACAGCAACUGGUGAUUUUCCAACUGUAUCUCCAGUUGAUUGACUACCACCAUCAGCUGGUGCUUCAACAGGAAGAACUACCAAUUUACCACCACCAGCAAUUGCCACUGUACUACCAGCAAUGUCUGCUUGUAAACUACCACCAGAUGGUGCUCCAUCAAAUCAAUCUUUCUCUCAGUGGGCAACAGCACCUUCUGCAGCUCUUCCACCCACAACAACUGGCUCUCUACCAACUGCAACAGCUGCUGAAUGACCACCACCAACACUUUCUGCCCGACUACUACAAUUAUGUGGCGCCUGACAUUGGUUACGGUGCUGAUGCCAGCUUUGAUGAAUCAUUGAUUAAUGAUGAAUAA